ACAUUGCAUGGUUGGGCAGGGAAAGCUCGGGCUGGUUCCAUCUCGCAGUGUUGGUGGGACUUUGGUGUAACAAGGAAAGUAGCUAGCUAGCUAGCUGGCAAACUAGUGGAUGGGCUUUACCAGUUCCAUUGUAAAGUAGACGAUGUCUGCAUGGCAGUCGUAGUCGAUAGCUAAAUAGGUUACCAUCGUUGAGUUUUAUUUCCGUUCUUCUGACUGACAUAACUGGUUACUUUAAGUGCUAUAACUUCAUUGUUUUCUUUAGCUAUCUGGUCGUUCUCCUUUGGACUAAAUGUACCGUUAGGCAGAUAGAUAAACAGCCUGGUUAUCGUUAGUCAGAUUUUCCGUAACUGGACAGCAAUUCCAUAAGCAUCACCCAUCUAACCUGAGACGCAGUUUUAACUUGACGAGUGUGGAAGGAUGGUAUCAUGGAUAAUAUCACGAGCGGUUGUGCUUGUGUUUGGAACCCUCUAUCCAGCAUAUUACUCCUACAAAGCUGUCAGGACAAAGAAUGUCAAAGAGUAUGUACGCUGGAUGAUGUACUGGAUUGUCUAUGCUCUCUACACUGUUGUUGAAGCCAUCACAGACACCUCCCUAUCCUGGUUUCCUCUGUAUUACGAGCUGAAGGUGGCCUUUGUGAUCUGGCUGUUGUCUCCAUACACCAGGGGGGCCAGCCUCAUCUUCAGGAAGUUCCUCCAUCCCCUUCUGGCCUCCAGGGAAAGAGAGAUUGAUGAUUACAUCGUCCAGGCCAAAGAGCGCAGCUACGAGACCAUGGUGAACUUUGGCAGGCAAGGCCUUAGCAUCGCUGCCACUGCUGCCGUCUCUGCUGCUGUCAAGGGACAGGGUGCCAUCAGCGAGCGCCUGAGGAGCUUCAGCAUGCAUGACCUAUCGCAGAUUCCUGCUGACGACAUGGCCAGCCAGUACCCUUCAAUAAGUAACCCCAGCCGGCGCGCCAUUCAGAGCUCCAAAGACGGCACAGACAGCACAGAUUACUACCCCUACAGGCCAGAGGAGGCCCAGGGGGACGACGGAGAUGGAGUCUUCUCAGAUGAUGAGGCGUCUGUACAGCGUGGCCUGAGACGGUCCCAGAGCGUCAAGAUGACUCGUGCCAAAGCUGCACGCAAAGAGCCACGCUAUGGCUCUCUAAAAAUGAAGCCCAAGCGGAGAGCGGCGAUCAAUACGGCUACCUACGAGAUGCCUUGACCUCUGACCCCAUUGGCUCCACCCCCAGAUCUCUGACCGAGCACCGAUUAAACCGUAUGGACCAAAACAUUAGUGUGUGGGGGUGACAUCAUGCAGCGGUGCCCUGCGGGUGCCUGCAGAAGGCCUGCUCCACUCAUUCCAAAACAGUACCCUUACCAGGAGGUCCUCACAUGCCACCUCGGUUAAACUUAAAGUAGGGACACACAACAGACUCUUCUAGCUAGCACAAGGGCUCCACUGCAGCAACCGACUCAUUUUAACACCUCUCUUAGAAGGGGACUGUGUGUGUGUGUGUGUGUGUGUGUGUGUGUGUGUGUGUGUGUGUGUGUGUGUGUGUGUGUGUGUGUGCGCGUGCGCGCACAAGUUCCUGUUUUCUGCUCACAAUGUUUACAGUUGGUUGUGUAAUUGUUUUUAAAUCUCUGGUGCCUGGAUUCACAUUCACAGUGCUGCCUUACUAUUUUACUACUAUUUUAACACCACAUUUUAAAUACUACAUCUUUAUGAGUUGCAUUCCGCUACAAUAAUGUAUUAUUUCCUCAUAUUAAGCCUGUUAAUGCUUGUUUUUUGAAUGUCAGGUUGCCUUUGACGUGUUGACAUAGUUGACAAAACACUCUAAGAACUGAGCAGCCCAACCAAAAGUGUCCCUUACUUUCACUGUCUACAGACGACUGUAAGCUAAAAGAUGAGUGAGGUUUGGGACCACAUGACCUUGUCUGUAUUUGCUCUAGACUGUGGGUUGACUGUUAAGAAGAAUGUCUUGUAAUGUUGUUUUGCACAUACGUUAACAAUACAGACCUGACUCAUAGAUCCAUUUAACAGGAUCUAUAGCAAGUUCACAUUUUUCACCGCAACAUAUACGAUGCCGGUUGAUGUGAAUGUGGCCCACAUUUCCAGCCAGAUGCUUCAUGGCACUGCAUCACGUCAGGAGAUGCUUUUACACUGUUCAGGUCUCUGUGAGCGCCCCCUGCUGUUGGGGGUCCUGUAUGUGUUAUUCAGAGAAAGGACAGAAUGUCAGCAGCCAUGAAUGAUUCUCAUUGAAGUAUUUUCUGCAGUGGGAGCCAAGUAGAAUGGAAGUAGGCUCUGUAACCCGUUCUGAUUGGCUCCUGUGUCCUGUGGGCUUUUCUAUUGAGUGUCCGUGAUGUGGCCUUCCUAUUGAGCGCCACAGUCAUUCCUCUUUAAUCUUUUGACCAAACUGGAAAAAAAAAAAAACAUGAAGAAAAGAUCUCUCCAUUCACCAGAUAGAUACUUUGUUUUAAAAGAAAAGCCCUUUUUAAAAGUGGCAGUGUUUGGUAUAUAUUAAAAAUAUAUAUUUUUGGUCCUGUCUUUUAAAUGUAGCCUAUUCUGUCCAAAAAUGAACUUUUAUGUUAUAUUGAGACCAAAGCCGUAUUAAAGUGUCUGUAAGACUGAGAGGGAAAAGCUUAGGACCAAGAAUUUGGAAAAGAAAAGUUGGACCGAGUGUUGCUUUGUAGUGCCUAUAAUAAACUUGGAAUACUUUAACGACUGAAAA